AUGCCCUUUGACUAUUCUAGGGUAGACUAUUCUGCCUCAAGUUGUCGAUUUUUCCCACUUCUACUUCGAACAAUCAGUGCCUCUUUCACCCACCCACAACUGAACAUGUUGCUCUCUCAGCUAUUCAUUCUCUCAAUGUUUAUGUUUAUCCAUCAAGUGAUCAUCUCUGCCACUAACAUUGAUGGAAACGUUGCCAUUUCAUGUGGUGCCUCUGGCGAUUUCCCUGCACCAGAUGGACGAGUAUGGGUUGGAGAUGCCAGUUUCAGUUCUCCAUUGCUACAGUUAAAGGGAAAAUCUAUAAAGUCAAGAGUCCCCCACCAGUUUGCUGGUUUGUGGGAUCCAGUUCCUUAUAAGUCAGCUCGAGCAUCUCGCCAUGGGUUUACCUACCAGUUUUCAGUGAAACCAGGGCAAAAGUUCAUACGCCUACACUUCAAGCCAGCUUCAUACAAAGGUUUCAAGAAGUCCAAAGCCAUUUUUACUGUCAAAACUGGUCAGCAUACCCUGCUCAGUGACUUCAUCCCUACCCUUCCUGCUGAUGCUCUGGGCAUAAACUAUUUCAAGAAGGAAUUUUGCAUCACUGUACAAGAAAGUGAAACAUUGAGCAUAACAUUCAUACCAUCUCGCUUUUUGGAAGACACUUAUGCUUUUGUAAAUGCAAUCGAGAUUGUUUCCAUGCCUGCUGGUCUGUAUUUCACACCAGAUGGCAAUCAGGGAGUCCGUGUUGUUGGGCGAAAGCACAGAUUCUACAUUGACAAUAGCACAGCACUGGAAACAAUUCAGCGAAUAAAUGUUGGCGGAAACUCUAUUUCAUCCUUGGAAGAUGCAACCAUGUUCCGGGACUGGGAAGAUGACUCUAAUUACCUGAUAGAAGUUGGUGCCUUUUCGAUCAACAGAGCCGUUCCAAUCAGAUUUACUUCCUCAGCAACUCAAAGUGCACCAAAAGAAGUUUACCAAACGGCCAGGUCAGUGGGUGCACACUGCCAUUCUAAUGUCUGUAAUCUCACUUGGAACAUCCCACUUGAUUUGGGAUUCAGAUACCUUGUUAGGCUCCACUUUUGUGAAAUUGAACCUGCGAUGACAAAUGAAGGUGAAAGGAAUUUCACUAUUGUCAUAAAUAAUCAUAAUGCUGAAGAUGAAGCUGAUGUGAUCAAAUGGAGUGGAGGACAUGGAAUUUCUGUAUACAGGGACUAUGUUGCCAUUAUGGAGGGUGAUAGAAGGGAAGGUAAGCAUAAACUUUCUAUAGUUUUGCAGCCAAAGUUUGCUAAAAUCAGUAAUCAUAUUAACGCCAUCUUGAAUGGGCUAGAAGUAUUCAAGAUAAGCAACCCUGACAACAAUCUUGGCAGUGUGAGCCCUAUGCAUCCUGUUACUACUUCAACACCAGAGCAAUUUGUUUCGUUUACUACAAAGAAUAAAAUUGCAACUGUACUGACAUUGAUAGUCACUUUGAUCAAUGUCGUUGUUUAUUACAUUAGGUGUAAUUCAGAGAUAAACUCUGGCAAGAUGAACAAUAGAAUAUCUUGCGGGGAGCAUCAGUGUCGUCAAUUCUCGCUGGAUGAGAUGGUAAGAUCAACCAACAAUUUUGAUCCACAGCUUGUCAUUGGGAGCGGUGGAUAUGGCACAGUAUACAAAGGUGAUAUUGAUGGCGGAGAGACCACUGUAGCAGUUAAGCGAUUGAAAUCGGGAUCUAGCCAGGGGGAGAAUGAAUUUUGGACCGAAAUCAAAAUGUUAUCUACGCACCGCCAUGAGAACCUUCUAUCCCUAAUUGGUUACUGCAAUGAAGGUCCUGAGAUGUUAUUAGUUUAUGAUUAUAUGCCUCGAGGAUCACUUGCUGACCACCUCUUCAAAAUGGACACAAGUAGCUCCUCUCUCUCUUGGGAACAAAGGCUCAAAAUUGCUAUAGGUGCUGCACGUGGACUGGAUUUCCUUCAUACAUCUCAAAAUAGAGUUAUACAUCGUGAUGUCAAAAGCUCAAAUAUUCUGUUGGAUGAAAAUUGGGUGAGUAAGAUUUCAGAUUUUGGGUUGUCCAAAAUGGGACCUGGAAAUGAAUCAGCUACUCAUGUUAGUACACAAGUCAAAGGCACAUUUGGGUACCUCGAUCCAGAGUACUUCCUGACUAAUAGAUUGACAUGGAAAACUGAUGUGUAUGCUUUUGGAGUAGUACUAUUUGAAGUGCUCUCAGGAAGGCCGGCAGUCAAUCUAAGACUGCCUGAGGAGCAACAUGGACUUGUAGCAUGGGCCAAACAAUGCAUCAAGGAAAGAGAAGUUAAUAAGCUUAUUGAUCAGAAUCUGGCCGGGUCUAUCUCCUCAACUUGUUUAAAGGUGUUUGUAGGAAUUUCUCUUGAAUGCUUCAAUGGUCGUCCACAUCAACGGCCUGCAAUGUCUGAAGUGGUGAAAAGCCUGGAAUUAGCAUUAGUAUCUCAGCAGAAUGCAGGUGAAGACAUCAUUUCAUUUGAUGACACAUCAACAUCUCAGUUAAAGGUUGAAGAAAAGAGGGCAUCCAUCAAAGAGGAUUGUAAUGGCGUUGAUAUAGCAGAAAGGAGUGCCAUUUCAAGGACAAAGGUAAAAUCUGAGGAUAAAAGUCUCUACAUCGCUUCACCAAGAUGGUGGGAUUUUUUUGGCCUUUUCAGAAAAGCACCACCAAAGCCAUGGAAUCUUGUUUAUCCAAAUAGCCAGAUAUUACCGCAUCCCAAUUUACGGAUGUUUUCUUUUGCUGAACUCAAGGCCGCCACCAGAAAAUUUAACAAUGAUACGGUGCUGGGAGAUGGUGGUUUUGGGAAAGUUUACAAGGGUUGGCUUGAUGAGCGGGCUUCUUCUAAGAGUGGUCGCACUGUAAUUGCUGUUAAGAAAUUGAAUUCUGAAAGCUUACAAGGAUUUGAAGAGUUCCAGUCUGAGGUGAGCUUUCUUGGAAGACUUUCUCACCCUAACUUGGUCAAACUCUUGGGAUACUGCCAGGAAGAUAAAGAACUACUGCUUGUCUAUGAGUUUAUGCAAAAAGGAAGCUUAGCAAACCAUCUUUUUGGAAGGCGCUCUGCUGCUUUGUCACUUCCAUGGAAUGUAAGGCUUAAAAUUGUGAUUGGCGCAGCUCGAGGCUUGGCAUUCCUACAUGCAUCAGAGAAGCAAGUUAUCUACAGAAACUUUAAAGCCUCGAAUAUAUUACUUGAUGGCUCUUACAAUGCGAAGAUAGCAGAUUUUGGCAUGGCAAAACAAGGUCCUUCGGCUAGUCAAUCACAUGUGUCAACACGGGUAAUCGGAACGUAUGGUUAUGCUGCUCCCGAGUAUGUUGCAACAGGACACUUGUACGUGAAGAGCGAUGUCUAUGGUUUUGGUGUCUUUUUAUUGGAAAUGCUAACAGGUCUACAGGCAGCAGACUCAAACCGCCCAAGCAACCAGCAUAAUCUGGUUGAAUGGAUUAAGCCACAUUUAUCUGAUAGAAGGAAGUUGAAAGACAAGAUAGAUUCGCGGCUUGGAGGAAAAUAUCCAUCCAGAGCUGCAGUUCAAAUAGCACAACUGGCACUGUCAUGUCUUGAAAAUGAACCUAAAACCAGACCAUCAAUGAAGGAAGUAGUGGAGAAACUAGAACAUAUUGAGGCUGCCAAUGAAAGACUCAACAAGGAGCCUAGAAUAAGUUCGAAACAUCAGACUGCUGAAUAUGGUCAGCAACCUUUGCACCAUCCUUCUCCAUAUAAUCCGAGGCACGAUGUGAACCGAGCCUAUCCACUCCCUAGAAGAGCAGAAUGAAUAUGUUACUACUUUUUAUGUAUGUAAAUAAAACAAUAUAUGAAGAAACUAUGAUAGCUUAGUUAUCCAAAUACAGACAAUUUCUUCUUCUUUUGUCGUGACCUCUUGUAUGUCUAGUUGGUGCUGUAAUCUUAGUUUGUGAGGUGAAUUUGUAAGGCCCUGUGUGGCUUUGGGUUGUGAUUGUUUUAGUGAUGCGUAAAGAGUUCAUUAUUUUGUACA